CAGCUGCUAGCUAAGCUUGCCAGUUUAAAGGAACCAACUGUGGUUCAUUGGCAACCAUCAAACUUUUCGUUUUUUCGACUAAGUAGAAAUUUCAGUCAAGUUUUCCUGCAGGGUAGCAGGGAGUGAAAGGUGUUGCAUAAAUUGAAGUUGUAAUUAGAGUUGGAAAGAUGGGGUUUGCUGUGAUCGGAGGUGGGAUUCGAGGGCUGGUUUCGGCCUAUGUUCUUGCCAAAGCAGGCGUUAACGUCGUGGUCUAUGAGAAAGAGGACCAAUUCGGUGGCCAUGCCAAGACUGUCAACUUCCAUGCCAUUGAUUUAGACCUUGGUUUCUUGUUUCUUAAUCCUGCAACGUAUCCAACAAUGUUGGAGUUGUUUGAUAUACUUGGAGUUGAUGUGGAGGCAUCCGACGUGUCAUUCUCUGUCAGCCAUGACAAGCUAGGCCAUGGCUAUGAAUGGGGCACACAUCAUGGUUUUUCAAGCUUGUUUGCACACAGAAAGAACAUGUUGAACCCCGACUUUUGGCAAGUCCUUAGAGAAAUUAUCAAGUUCAGGGAUGAUGCCAUUAGUUAUCUUCAAAUGCUUGAGAACAAUCCAGACAUUGAUCGCAAUGAAACAUUGGGGCAGUUUAUAAAGUCAAGGGGUCACUCUGAAACAUUUCAGAACACUUUUCUUGGUCCCAUAUGUGGUUCAAUAUGGUGCUGCUCCACACAAAAAGUUUUGAACUUUUCAGCCUUCUCCACUCUUUCACUUUGUUGCAGUCACCAUAUGUUUCAGCUUUUUGGGUGUCCACAGUGGUUGACUAUCAAAAGGCAUUCAUAUUUUGUGAAAAAGGUUAGAGACAUUUUGGAGAGUAGAGGUUGUCAGUUGAAACUUGGCUGUCAAGUACACUCUGUUUUGCCUGCUGAUAAUGCAGGUAGCAUCAUGGUAUGUGGAGAUGGCUUCCAAGAAACAUACAAUGGAUGCAUAAUGGCUGUCGAUGCUCCCUCGGCCCUGGCAUUAUUAGGAAACCAAGCAACAUUUGAAGAAAUGAGAAUACUGGGUGCAUUCCAAUAUUCUUCCAGUGAUAUUUUCCUUCACCGCGAUAGUAAUUUAAUGCCCAAGAAUCGAUCAGCAUGGAGUGCACUGAACUUUCUCAGAAGUAGUGAAGACAAAGCAUGCUUAACAUACUGGCUAAAUGUGCUACAGAAUGUUGGGAAAACAAGUCUGCAAUUUUUUGUGACUCUCAAUCCACACCACACACCAAACAAUACCUUGCUUAAGUGGUCAACUGGCCUUUUAAUUCCCUCUAUUGCUGCAUCAAAAGCUUCACUAGAGCUUGAUCAGAUUCAGGGGAAGAGAGGAAUCUGGUUCUGUGGCUAUGACUUCCAUGAGGACAAAUUUAAGGCUGGUAUGGUUGCUGCACAUGGUAUCUUGGGAAAGCAUUCAUCUGUUCUGAACAGUCAAAGGCACUUGUCACUCUCUUUCACGGAAACAGGGGCACGUCUUGUUGUAACUAAAUUUUUUCAACAAUAUAUUUCCAUGGGCUGCGUAAUUUUAUUUGAGGAAGGAGGCAGCGUUUUCACUUUCAAAGGAAGCAUGGAAAAAUGUUCUCUUAAAGCAGUUCUGAAGGUGCACAACCCCCAAUUUUACUGGAAGACUAUGACAGAAGCUGAUUUAGGCCUUGCAGAUGCAUAUAUCCAUGGAGAUUUUUCGUUCGAAGAUAAAGAAGAAGGUCUUCUGAAUCUGUUCCUGAUAUUCAUUGCCAACAGGGAGUCUGACUCUUCCGCCUCAGGACUGAAUAAGAAGAGGGGCUGGUGGGCACCUGCACUGUUCACAGCUAGUAUAUCAUCUGCAAAGUAUUUCCUUAAGCAUGUCUUGAGACAAAAUACUCUUAUACAGGCUCGUAGAAACAUUUCUCGUCAUUAUGACCUGAGAAAUGAACUUUUUGAGUUAUUCAUGGAUGUAACAAUGCAAUACUCCUCUGCAAUUUUUAAGGCGGAAAACGAAGACCUGAAGGUUGCACAGCUAAGAAAAAUCUCUUCUCUGAUCGAUAAAGCAAGAAUAGAGAAGGGGCAUGAAGUUAUUGAAUUCGGAAGUGGUUGGGGAUACUUUGCUAUUGAAGUUGUCAAAAGAACCGGAUGCAAAUACACUGGCGUCACUCUAUCAGAGGAACAACUGAAAUAUGCAGAAGCAAAAGUGAAGGAAGCCGGACUUCAGGACAACAUCAAGUUUCUUCUUUGUGACUAUCGUCAGUUACCAAAGACAUGCAAAUAUGACAGGAUCAUUAGUUGUGAGAUGACAGAACAUGUUGGCAAUGAAUAUAUUGAGGAGUUUUUCAGAUGCUGUGAGUCAAUACUGGCAAAGGAUGGGCUUUUUGUUCUUCAGUUCAUAUCGGUUACGGAGGAGCUUUUCCAUGAGUAUCUACGAAGCCCAGGCUUCGCGAAAGAAUAUAUCUUCCCUGGUGGAUGCUUGCUUUCACUGACUAGAAUGUUAUCAGCCAUGGCUGCGGGAUCCAGACUCAGUGUGGAACAUGUGGAAAACAUAGGACCUAAUUAUGUCCAAACACUUAGAUGUUGGAGAAAAAAUUUCCUGGAAAACAAGAGCAAAAUUCUGGGCUUGGGGUUCGAUGAAAAGUUCAUGAGGACAUGGGAAUAUUAUUUUGAUUAUUGUGCAGCUGGUUUUAAGUCACGUACGAUAGGAGAUUACCAGGUUGUUUUCUCACGCCCUGGCAAUUUUGCUGCACUUGGCGAUCCAUACCAAGGUUUCCCUUCAGCAUAUUCGUAUUGAUUCAACCAGGAUCAAGCUGCUGCUACUGCUAAUUAAGUUUGUCUCCCCACCUUUAUUUAUAUGAACCGAUGAAGAAAAUAAUCUGCCUGUUCUUGGUAGACUAAUUAAUUUGAUGCAAUAUAUAUGAAGAAUAUAAUCAUUAUGUCAUGAUGAUUGUAACAUAUAUGGAUUCCUUUCAUACCUUCUUUACAUAAAUGAAAUAAAUUUCAAAUGCA